GCCCCCGCUCGGCUCCGCUCGGGCCGCGCUCGGCUAUUUCCGCCUCUUUGUUUUAAACUCCGGGCCGAGCCCUUUAAAUCCCCCUCUUUUUCUUUUUAAAUUUUCUUGGGAAGGGGAAGAGGGGCCGGUGUUUCCCGCCGCCUCGCGUUUCCGACUCCUCUGCUCUCUGCCCUGCGGUGGCGCCCGGAGAAGGACGGGCCGGGGAGCGGAGGGUCGGCGGCGGCGGGGGGAGCCCCCGCUGUAGCCCCGAGCGGCGGCCGCGCCCCCCCCCCGUCAGGUCUCUGGAUGGCAGACUCUGAAAAGAAAUGCUGUUUUAAGAGUAACAUGGUUAUGAGGGAGAAGAACCAUGCUUUGGCCUCAGUGUUCACUUGUUAACUAAGUAAAAAGAAGCAAUUCAAGUUUUCUGCAAAGUCUGAGUAUUUAUGUUAUCUGACUGAACUGACAUCUUGACACCAAAGAUGCUAACAAGAAAGAUUAAGCUUUGGGACAUCAAUGCCCAUAUAACCUGUCGUCUGUGCAAUGGAUACCUGAUUGAUGCUACUACUGUAACAGAAUGCUUGCAUACCUUCUGUAGGAGCUGCCUAGUGAAAUAUCUCGAGGAAAACAACACCUGUCCAACCUGUAGGAUUGUUAUACAUCAGAGCCACCCAUUGCAGUAUAUUGGUCAUGACAGAACAAUGCAAGAUAUUGUUUACAAACUUGUGCCCGGCCUCCAAGAAGCGGAAAUGAAAAAGCAAAGGGAAUUUUAUCACAAACUGGGCAUGGAAGUUCCAGGGGACAUCAAAGGGGAGACAUGUUCUACAAAACAGCACCUAGAUUCUCAUCGAAAUGGUGAAACUAAAGCAGAUGAAAAUAUAAAUAAAGAAACUUCGGAGGAAAAACAGGAAGAAGAUAAUGACUACCACCGAAGUGAUGAACAGGUGAGCAUCUGCUUGGAGUGCAAUAGUAGCAAAUUGCGUGGAUUGAAACGAAAAUGGAUUCGUUGCUCAGCACAAGCAACAGUCUUGCAUCUAAAGAAGUUCAUUGCCAAAAAACUCAACCUUUCUUCUUUUAAUGAGCUGGACAUAUUAUGCAAUGAAGAGAUUCUUGGCAAGGACCACACGCUCAAGUUUGUAGUUGUUACUAGAUGGAGAUUUAAGAAAGCACCUCUACUGCUACAUUAUAGACCCAAAAUGGACUUGCUGUAAGGGAACUUUAUUGUCCUUCUGGACAGAGCUUUUUGCAGAGACUAUCAUCUGGCACCUUCUUAGUGCGUCACUAAUCACAUGACACAAACCAGCUGAAUAAUUUUGGAAGACUGGAGGGCUUUCAUAAUGGACUGUCCUGAAAAUUUCUUCUAGGGAUGCAUUACCUAGACUUCUGGGCAGAAAAUAUUUAUACUUUUUUUGUACGGAAGAAAGAAGUCUCAACUCAGCAAGACACUACCAGCAUUAAGUUUACAGAUACUGAAAACACUUCACAGUUCCAUGUAGCUCAGCCUGAUUUGUCUCUUACAGUUACACAGAAAAAAAAAGUUAGAGUGUUGUGGGGUGAUAUAAAUAUGUUGCUUUUGACACCAAGUUGCAUUUAGUUACUUUUCGCAUUCUAAAUCUUUAAAAACUAUAUUUUUGCAAAGUGUUAUUGUCUUAUAUAGUAUGCCUGAUUGCAUUGGCUUUAUUCAAGUUAUUCUGUAGAGCAUUGAACAUACCUAAUAAUACAGUGACUGGUGAUAAUUUAUUAUGCUGCAUUGAAAACUUAAGAAAAUCUGGGAAACCAAUAAAUUUGUCAUUUUUGCCCAGUUAUUUCUCUCCCUUACCUUGUGUUUUAUAUUAAGUUUUGAUAUUUCUGUAUAUGUGUUAAUUUGGUAAGAAAUAAUUUCAGUUGAUUUUAAUGUGCCGUGAUAUAUAUUUUGCUAUGGUAUAAAUUGCACCACGUAAUGACAAAUACUCACAAGUGCUAGAUUCGUGAAUUUCUUAAAAAAGAAACAUUUCUUAUGUAGUUGUGGCUUGCAGAAAUCAGUUUUUAAUUUAGAGAGAAUUUACUAUCACUAGCCGUUGAAACAGUGGCUCCUGGGCAACUGGGAGUACGGCAGAUUUUUCAUUUCACUGAUCAAAACUUCCUCAGAUAUUGUGGGCAGCUUUAUAUUUCUGUAGCUGCUUUCUUAUGAAACCAUAGCAUUUUCCUUACUGCAAUUCCUAGCUCACUUGGGAUGGAGGAAGGGGGAGUCAGACUAUUUUAGCACCUUUUGGCCUUAACUAAUAAUUUUGCUUGCAUCAGCCCUAAAGGAUGCAAGGUAAUACACAUUCAUGUGUGUAUGGGUACAUACAUCUAUAUACACAUAUAACUAUAUAUAGGGUUAUAGAGAGCACCCUCAAUAGCACUUAGCAGGCUCACUGCACUUUUUGUAAGGCUUUUUGUAAUAAUUGGAUUUUUAAAAAUAGUAGUUGAAAGUGAUUUCUGCAAGCUGUAUCCACUAUGGCAGAUAUAGUAUGAUUGUGAGAACAUUUGUCUGGCACAUGUGUCAAGUAGUUGAAAACAGUCUAUGCCCUGUUAUUGCCAGCUGGAAAUAGUUAACCUAAUUUUUGGAAGAGUUUUCCUGUCAGCUGAAAAUGCUAGUUGCUAUUCCUAUUAUUAGACACUGUUUUUAUUUGGUAAAUUGUCUUUGGAUAAGAAGCCCUGCUUCCUCUUCUGCUAGAAAGUGUUACUUGAUAACCAGAAGCUGGUACUGCAAGAGAUUUAUCUAAACAUUUUAAAUCUUCUUCCACUUCUUGAGUUUUCAAAGCACUAUGUUCCUCAGCAUGUCCCUUAAUUUCCUUCUUUGGAGUCGUCAGUCCUCCUUUCCCAGCUCUGUUGCUGCUCGUGCUUACCUUUGGAAACAGGGCUCCUUAUUUUUGAUUACAGUCACAGAUGUGAAUAGGAAGGAAAUAAAAAAAGUAUGUGAGCAGAGAAUGAAAGAAAGCCUGCUGAAUUGUGGAGAUGGAAAGGAGAGCCACACAGAGGCCGGAACACGCUGCUGUCCUUGCAGGUGAAAGUAAGAUAGCUGCAUUUGAAUGUUUAGGUUAUACAGAACUCCACAUCUGGUUCUUAUGUGGCAUUUGUGUGUGCAUGUCUGUGAUUCAUGGAAUCAAACGUUGCUCUGAUUUUGUCUUGCUGUUUGUGGACUCAGAUAUGUGUACUUUUAGCUUUUUUCAAUCUUUGCUUCAUCUGGCAGAAAAGAACAAAUGAGAUGAUGUGUCUGCCUUUUUUAAAACUUUCCAUGAAAACAGUGAAUGGUAUGGAUGUGUACACAAGCUGACAUACUGGGCCUUUCUGGAGCUGUUUUUUAUGUGGUUGUUACUGUUCUAGUGUAAAUAGGAGGCUGGCUUUGCCACUGGGAAUAUGAGCAGGACUGUAAGGACUGUGCACCCAGAGUAUACACACAGUGGCUGUACCUGAUGUAGACAUAAAACUAAAGCUGCCAGACAGCAUCUGAUUAACCACCUUAAUCAGAAUAUAUAUAUACACACACACACAUAAAAACAAAUAUAUAUAUAUAUACAUAUACACAUAUAAAUGAGAUCUGUCUACCUCAGAGUGUGUGUACUGCAGAAACCUUUUGUAUGACUAGAUAUUGACGCAGUGCUGUUAAGGUACCUUGGGAUUUAUUAUUUCCCUGUGUACUUGAGCAACUGAGAAAUUAAUUAGGAACACACAAAUUCAAAAGCCUUUCAAAUCUAUCUCUUGCUGUAACAACUUAAAAUAUAAAACCUAUAAGUUUAUAACCAUCUUUAGAAUCACUUGAAUUUGUUAUGGUGCUAUCAGUAUAUAGAAAACUGUUUAUAACUAUAUGGAUACAUAAAUUCAAGCCAGUAUUAAUACCUAUAGCUGGGGUUUUUGCUUGUAAUUGUGUGUAACUGCUUUUGCAAUGUGUUUAAUCUGAUAAAACCGCACCAGUAAAAAACAAAGCAAAACAAAACCCAAAAACCCAAAAAAACCCCAAACAACAAAAGAAAACCCCACAAAUCAACAUAAAACUCCAAAGUUACUCAUU